AGACAAUAAAAGCAAUUAGAUAGAUCAAGUUGUAAAGCAAGGAAGUCGGACGUUUGUUGAUUUUAAUGUUGUGUUGUAAUUUUUAAAUUGGAUUAGAAAGUGAGACCAUCGAAAAUUCAAAGAAAAAUUGUGUUUUUAUAAUGCGACGACAAAGCUGACGUUAUGUUGCGAGAGGUAAUUCGAUUACAGUAGCAAUGUUAUGAUUCCCUUUCAGGGAUCUUAAAAUAAUUUCGUAAUACUAAAUGGCACAGAAUUAAAACGUAGAAAAAUGGAUGGAACAAAUGGAUCAGAUUUGCCGCCCGUUAAAGAAGAAACAUUUUGUAAAUAUGUGUUAUAUUAUGAAAUGAACAACUCAAGAGUUCGUAUCUGGGAUUUGAUAAUAUUGAUACCAAACGCACUCUUCCUGCUAUUUCUAGUGGUACGGUUUAACAAGGCUCAGUUAAAGUUGCGUGCUACCAGUAGUCCCAUAUUUUUGACGUUCUAUACACUUGUAUGGGGUAAUGUGAUCAUCAGCUUAAUAAGAUGUGCUGUUUCUAUGACUGUAAAUGCAGCGAUGCCGGUGGGCGGUCUGAUCGACAAGAUAUUAUGGGUCACUGUAAGAUUUUUUUUACUAGCGACAGAAAUGAGUGUGGUUAUAUUCGGAUUGGCUUUUGGGCAUAUGGACAGUCGUAGUAGUAUCAGAUAUGUGUUACUAGCUACGUCACUUAUAUCACUCGCAUUCACAGUAACACAAGGAACAUUAGAAAUUAUUAUGCCAAAUGAUAUGUUCCAUAUCGACACCAGGGAUUAUGAUUUAUUCGGACAUGGGGGAAUGCUGUUCUGGUUCACAUCGUCACUUGUGUUUGCUAUCAUAUACUUUGUAAUACUUUUAUUACCCUGGAUACCAUUACGGGAAUAUUUGGCCUUACCGACAAAGCUCUCAUUCUAUCUGUACGUGCUUCUCCUCGCAUUACUGGACACUACGCAGGCGGUCGGUGCGGGUCUCCUCACGUGGGGCUCCAUGCCGUCUGGUCUUUGCGUCGUGGACGUCACUACAUGGCUUUACUUCUCAUUGUACACGCCGCUCGUGUAUCACACGUUUUUGAGUGAAUUUUUCAGUGUCUCACAACCCAGUAUCAUGUUCUCGUACAAGGCUCAGAUGGACGAGCCUAUGGACGACGAUCAGGUAUCGCUACCCCAUCAGCAAAGCUUCAGUUCACUCAAAACGGACUCCGAUUAUAUUUAUCAGCAGAGCAAUAGUGUAUACGACAGUACACUCUUUGAAGUAGGAGGGACCACUCCAAUGAACCCAGUUUACAGCGCGUCACUACAAAGUCCUGAUUCUAUAGCAUCGGGUCAAUCCAUAGACAUUGGAGUACCAACAUCGGGGUUCCCAAAUCAAAACAUGCUCUCAACAUAACAAAAGAAAAACAGAUUAAAUAUACCUAACAUUAAUGCCACACAUCCAAAGAAAUACGUUAUAAUUUAAGGGUUAGCGAAAUAAUUUUAAAUAAUUUCUAUUUAAGUAUCAGAUAGUUUCUUUCGUUCGGAAUCUCUUGAUUUGUUAUUUCAUCGUGAUUUUUAUCAGGCGCUUUGUGAUAGCUAGAGCCAGUGAUCGGACUCAUCGAGACGAAAACAUCUCGUUUUCUGCUUUAACAAUUUGUAAUGUAUCCAUCCACAUAAAUUUCAUACUAGACUAAGGCUGAAACAGCGACACAUAUUGUCUAUUGUUUACUAUAAUUUUAAAUAUUCUCAAAAUGUUUGCAGAUUAAUAAAAAAAUCACAUAGAGCAGUGUUAUUGCAUCCGACCAUAAACAAUUUUGUACUUUAAUAACUUAGGUGAGUCAUUGUGAACAUACAGUUGCUAAAAAGUUUAGUAAAUCUCGCGAUUAUUGACACAGAUAGAAGUAUUUAACUUCCUUUAAGAGUUUAUGUUGCGAUUAUAACUAUGAAAUUAUUUAUGCAAUAAAAUAGUAAUAGAUUUUGCAAUAAUAUUUUAGGAGGAUACAAUAUACACGAAUAAAUCAUCAACCCUUUUUUUUUUUUAAUUUAUUGUUUCUUUCUGGAACUUAAAUUCGUUACGAUAUUUCAAUUGUACAGUAUUCCUUAUCAUCGAAAGUAUUGAACCUAUGAUUAUUUCGCAAUUUAAAUCAGACUUUAUUUUGUGAGGUGUAAGUGUGAAGUUCGAAUGUGUUGCUAUUUUAUAAUUAUGAUUGACACUAAUUGGUUUAUAUAUAAUUAUUUUUAUCAUACUGUGAUGGUUUACCUACUUAUUUUAAUUUUGUUGUUAUAUUUUAAUGUUUAUGAAAGUGAUAGUGGAGUAAGUAAUAUUAUCGAGAACAGCAAAGCUGAGAUUUUAAAUAUAUAGGUUAACUGCACUUUCUACAUAUAUUUUUGCGGAAUAGCAAUGAAUUAUGAAAAAUUAAACCGCAAUAAAAACUUAUAUCGGCUUUAUUUAUUUAUUUUAUGUUAUUUUAAUAGACAGCCUAUAUAUAACAGUUUAAAUCUAUUAUUUCGGAUGUAGAAGAGUAGCUUUUAAAUUAAGAACAAAAGUUAAGAUGGCCGAAAUAAAAACACAUUUUGCCUUCUACGACUAGUCUCUAGUUUUUACGUUAAGGAAAAGUUUGAUUGUAGAUGUUAAAUAGAUUUAACCAUAACUACAAAUUCUGUGGACUUGAAACAAAUAAUUGAAACGCAUUGUAAAAAAAUAAAUUGUCAAUUUGAAUCUCGAAUUAUAAUUGAAUCGUAUCAAGCAGUUAAUGACAAUUGUCAAUUUUCCUUUAUAAAAUGUGAUAGAUCACAUGUUGUAUGUAUGUACUAUGUACCCAUGUGAAACUUAUUAUUUUAAGUGAUAUUUUGGUUGAUGGCGUAUAUUUUUGUUAUUUUCUGUCUUAGGAAACUAUUAAAGUAACAAUUUUAUUGAA